AUUUGCUAUAAAGCUUUCAUAAGUCAUUUAAUUUUUAAACUGACAAAUAGAAUUCUUUUUUGAAAUUUGAUCGUUACUGGUUUUUGCCAUUCACUGGAAAACAACCAAUAAGUUUAUUCUUGAAGCAAGCAGUCUUGGAAACGUGCAAGCAGUGAAACAGCUGACAGUUUAUAUUUGUUUUGUUUUUAAAUCAACAGUAUAUUUGCCGCAUUGACCACCUUCUGUGUUUUGUUUUGUUAUUAAUUUGGGUAUCAAAAAUAAAUUUGUAAAAAUGAAUAGUAUCAAUGAAGAUAUAUGGAUAAACAUCCUGAGGUUCCUGCCCAUGAGUGAUCAGUUGUCACUGGUCCAAGUGAACGAGAGCAUCGCUUCCUACGUGAAGUACCAGUGGAAUCACCUAAAGGCAGUGACUUUGAGUCGAGAGGAUCUGGAAUUUCUGGACAGGAAUGAGAAACUGAUGCAGGAGUGCCUGGGCGGCUGGUCGAGAUCGGUGGAGCGCCUAAAUCUAGCCAGUGCCAGUAGGGAUCUGCUGCGGAAGUGGACGGAGUACAGCUUUCCCCACCUCCGGUCGCUCGACUGCCACAUGGACUACAACCUUGAGGAGGCGGACGAGGAGACCCUUCUGCUGACCGAGCUGUUCCCGCUGUUGAGCAUUCUCACACUCAAUAGCAGCACCACAGGGCGUUACUUGUGGCGAUGGUCUGGUCUCAAGGAGCUGAAUCUCAUCUGGUGCGAGUACCUGGAAACGGACACCUUCGCGGAGAUCUUCGGCAGCCUAAAGCUGACCAAGCUGACUCUGCUCUACUACGGUUACAAUGUGAAUCUGGGCGAGGAGGUGCUAGCUGUGACUCGGUGCUCCACGCUGGAGGAGCUGAUACUCGACGACCACCACUUACUGGGGGACUUCCUGCCCCGGCUCAUGAAUCUGCCUCACUUUCGCCGCCUGGUCUUCUACACGCGGGACUACUACGAGUUCCUACUGAGUUCGGUGGCCAGGCACAAGCCGCUGAAGGUGCAGUCGUUGCUGUUCAACGACUCCUUUUGGAGCAGUGAACGAGUGGCGGAAAGUAUCCUGCACAUGACCAGUCUUCGGCGACUGGUCCUGCAAGAGGAUGACAUCGAUUCGCACCAGCUGCACACCAUCUGCCACAAGCUGCCCAAGUUGGAGGAGCUGCACCUGCUGCAAAUGCGCGAAAUACCUUCGCCCACCCAUUUGUGGGGCUCUAUUGGUCUCUGCCCCACGCUAAGAGUCCUCAACCUGUCCUCCACCAAGCUGAGUUCCCAGUGGUUGGAUCCCAGCAACUCACGCCUCUCCAAGGCUCUGGUCAGUCGCAGUUUUCCGCUGACCCUACACCUCCACAAGACUGGCCUAGAUCCCGAAAAGAUUCUACCAGCUCUGGAUUGUCCCAGUUUAAACAUCUCAUUCGAGCCCAUUCACUUGAAUAUGUGGAGUUCACGCUUUGUGGAAAUCGAAUUCAUUCCUGGAUCACCAUAAAAUGGCAUUUAUAACUCAUCAACAGU